GCCCCAGGGCGGUGGAAGCAGAGCCCGCCGCGUCCGAGCCCUGCCAGCAACCGUUUCCUCCGGGCACGGCGGCGUGACGUCGGCAGCGCUUCCGCCCGGCUCGCGCCUCUCCCUCGCUCCUUCCUGUUCCCGCGCCUCGCCCAGCAGCAGCAGCACCGAGUGAGGCAGCCGCUCCCCGGACUCGAGACCCGCCAGCCCCGCCGAGACCAUGGCAUCAGGAGUACAAGUGGCUGAUGAAGUAUGCCGUAUCUUCUAUGACAUGAAAGUUCGUAAGUGCUCCACGCCUGGGGAAAUCAAGAAAAGGAAGAAGGCAGUUUUCUUCUGUCUCAGUGAAGACCAAAAGUGCAUUGUUGUGGAAGAAGGCAAAGAAAUCCUAGUGGGAGAUAUUGGCGUAACAGUUUCUGAUCCUUUCAAGCAGUUUGUGCAGAUGCUCCCUGAAAAGGAUUGCCGUUAUGCCUUAUACGAUGCAAGCUUUGAAACAAAGGAAUCAAAAAAAGAAGAGUUGAUGUUUGUCCUGUGGGCACCAGAACAAGCGCCUCUCAAAAGUAAGAUGAUCUAUGCAAGCUCUAAGGAUGCCAUCAAAAAGAAAUUUCAAGGCAUAAAGCAUGAAUGUCAAGCAAAUGGGCCAGAGGACCUUAACCGAGCUUGCAUUGCCGAUAAGCUAGGAGGCUCCCUAAUCGUAGCUUUUGAAGGAUCUCCUGUGUAGAUGCCAUACAGUGCCACAACUCUACAAGCAUUCCAUGUUUUAAUAUAUCCAUUAUGUAAAGCAAACAUUCUAAACCAGGGUUUCACUAAUGGUAGGGAAGCUGUCUGUCUUGUAGAAUAAAGUAGACUUUGCAGAUGUAGUUGAUAUGUACAAAUGAUCCUAAAUAAAAGUCUAAGGAUCUCUCUUGGCUGAGCAGUCCUGAGGAUUACAAACAAGUUUACUAUUGAACUCUGGCUUCAAUACUGCAUAGUGAAGGGGGGAGUUUGGUUCCCCUUCCAGUUGAUCUAAAUUGUAGCAAAUGUCACAAUCUUAAAUUUUCUCUGUAGCAAUCAGACAUGUCACAAAGCUGCUUUCCACCCCUACCCCAGCUAGUGUCUUAGGACAAGAUGAAGACAACUUUAUUAAAUGUCAUAUGCUAAAAGGAA